AUGAAGUUCUCACUACCUGCCCUCGCCGUCGCGCUCGGCGCAAUCAGCGUCUCUGCAUCCCCUGUGGAACUCGCUGCUCGAGCAACCCCAACGGUCUAUCUGUGCGGAGACAGCACUAUGGCCAAGAACGGCGCCAACGACGGCGCGACGGACGGCUGGGGCCAGUACUUUGGCACCUACUCCACCGCCACCGUCGUCAACAAGGCCAUUGGCGGCCGAUCUGCCCGUUCCUACACGGCUGAGGGCCGCUUCACCGAGGUCAUCAACCUCGUGAAGUCGGGCGACAUCGUGGUUAUUGAGUUCGGACACAAUGAUGGCGGCACCCCCGAGACCAACGACAACAAGCGCAGCGACUGCCCCGGAGCCGGCACGGAGACGUGCAAGUCCAGCAUUGACGGGUCGACCGUCUACACCUUCGUCUACUACGUCAGCCAGGCGGCCAAGGCGCUGGUGGCCAAGGGCGCGACAGUGGUGCUGAGCACCCAGACGCCCAACAACCUGUGGGAGACGGGCAGCUUCUCGUACUCGCCGCCCCGUUUCGUCGGCUACGUCAAGACGGCCGCCACGGCCGUGGCCAGCAGCAGCGUCACCUACGUGGACCACUUCAACGCGCAGGCCCUGGCCUACAAGAAGCUCGGAAACACCGCCACCAACGCCCUCUACCCCAACGACCACACCCACACCAGCCCCGCUGGCGCGAAGCUCGCUGCUCAGGCCUUUGCUCAGGCCAUCGCCUCCAAGAUGAACGGCACCACCAGCUUGACGAACUACAUUGUCAGCCCCGCGCCAAGCGUUUACUAA